AUGGCGGGGGGGAGCCGACUGGCAGACGCAAAGAGGAAGCGCAACCAGCUGAGACAAGCGGAGUGCAUAAUCGACGCCUCAUUUCGUCGCGUGGCCGGACAUCGUCGCUGUGCUUGGGAAAUGUCCCGGCUGCAACGCGACGGCGCACACUCUUUAGCAACUGCGCCCAAUGCCAAGCUUUGGCCUUCCCAGCUUUCCAAAGCGCCAAGACCUUCGGAGGCUCCGCCAUGCAAGUGCGGCGGCGACUUCUUCCCCGCAUCCUCCACGUUCAGUGUCGCCCUGAUCCGCAGAACUCCGCGUUCCAUCGAUAACGGUUCCAUUGACGAGCUUCCAGAUCAUCACCUCCCUCCACGACCCGAGUUGCAGGAGCUGGCUCAACAAGCCAAGCGCGAUUCGCGCAUUUCCAUCACUGCCUCCCACGACGACGAUGCCUCGACCUCCAAACAUCAGGAGACUCGUCAGUCCAUCUACUUGGCAGACGAGGACAUUCAGCUUCACCUCCGCUUCUACCGCCGACAGCUCUUCCUCAUGACCCUCUGGUACUUGCUUUGCAUCAUAACUGCUGGCAUUUUGUUCAUUGCAGACAACUGGACCAACAACAAAUUCUGGGUCCGAUUCAACACGACUCCUUCCACUCUUAAACAGAACAAAGCCGCCAACAAUAAGAACAAACUCAUCCGCAUCAAGAGCAAGCAUGGCGAGGUCGACAUCCUACCUCUCAAGCGGGUCACCUUCCCUUCGCCUAUUCCCUUCCGCCAGGUGUUUCCAUCCACACUGAGAGAGCCGUAUCGAUCUCCACAAGAGGCUGCCGCUGCAGUCAACGGUUCUGUCUCGUCUACAAUCCAACACACAAAUGACCCGCAGUCACUCAGCUACGUCGACGUCCUCGAGUACAGAGCAACCACCUUGCUCCUCCACCCCUUGUCCGGCAGAUUCUACCUCCUCGCUUCGUGGCACGAUCCCUCGUGGAGCUCGACCCUCGGUUCAGACAUCGUUGCUCCCGAUCACAGCCUCGCUUCCACAGGUCUUGCCGCUCAAGAUAUUCGAGACAGGCAGGCCCUCUUCGGCCAUAACCAGGUCGUCGUCAAGGGCAAGUCGGUCUUUGAUCUUCUCAUCGAGGAAGUCCUCCACCCAUUCUACAUCUUCCAAAUUUACUCGAUCAUCCUCUGGUGCAACGACGAAUAUGUGCCCUACGCCAUCGUAAUCGCCGUCGUUUCCGUCAUCGGUAUCGUUGCCACUACUGUCACCACGAAAGCCGCCAUUGAAAAGCUCAAAAAGAUGAGCCGCUUCAGCUGCCAUGUCUCUGCCUUGAGAUCCUCUCCAGCAGAUACUCCCUCCCCUAUCGACGAGAAGAGCCCUGCUGGAGACACGGACGAUGAUGAGGAGAAGCAACUCCCCAACUCGAGACUUGCCAUUGCUGGUUCCAGCUACGAGGUGCUCAACAGCGAAGCGCUCGUUCCAGGUGACAUUGUCGAUCUCGGUGCUAUCUACGAUACCGACAAGGACGCGCCCAACUACGGUCACCGGCUCGUCGAAACGCUGCCUUGCGACAUGGUGCUGUUGGAAGGCGACUGCAUCGUCAACGAGUCCAUGAUGACCGGCGAGUCGGUCCCCGUUGUUAAGGCUCCCAUCUCCAAAGACGAUCUCGCCACCGUCCUGGCCGCUGGGAAAGAUCUCUCUCGACUCGACAAACAUAUCCUCUACUCUGGCACUAAACUCGUCCGAGUACGACCAGGCAGCAACGACACCCGAGCCACCCGAGCCCUCGUGAUUCGAACUGGAUUUUCGACUGCCAAAGGCUCUCUCGUCCGCCAGAUGCUCUUCCCACGACCCAUUAGUCACAAAUUCUACCGCGAUGCUUUUAUGUUCAUCGGCAACCUCUUCAUCAUCGCCAUCAUUGGAAUGGUUGCAACAAUCAUCUACUUCAAGAUCAUCGGCGUCAGCAGCGAUGAGAUUGCGCUUCGAUCGCUCGACGUGCUCACCAUCGCCGUUCCUCCUGCACUACCGGCGACUUUGUCAAUCUGCAUCACCUUUUCGAUCGCAAGGCUUAAGCGAGGUCAGAUCUUCUGUCUUAGUCCGCAGAGGAUCAACGUGGCGGGCAUGGUCAACAUGUUCGUGUUUGACAAGACGGGCACAUUGACCGAGGAGGGAUUGGACGUCAUGGGUGUUCGCAUGGUCAAGGAUGGCAACUUCACAGACCUCGUUCAGCGACCAGAGCGGUGCGGAGCUGAGGGUGAGCUCAGCCUGCUCGAGGCAAUGGCUACAGCGCACGAUUUGAACUUGCUGGAUGGAGAGCCCAUCGGUGAACCUCUGGAAGUGAAGAUGCUCGAGUGGACCGAGCGAAAGCUCGAGGACGAUUCGUCACUCGCACCUAUCCAUCUCAUCAAAGAGUCAGCUGCUGAGGCUGAUCCACGUCAACCCACGACAAAGGACGGCACCCUCGCCCGGGUCCCCAUUAUCCACUCGCACGAUUCUCAUCCGUCGCUCGCCGUCAUCCGGACGUUCGAGUUCACCGCCUCGCUCCGCCGGAUGAGCGUUGUCGUCAAGCGUCAUCAGUCGCGAUCUGCUCAAAUCUACUGCAAAGGUGCCGCCGAAUCCAUUUCUUCGUUGUGUUCCUCCUCCUCCCUACCUAGCGACUACCACGCUGUGCUCGAUCGUUGCACGCGCGCUGGAUUCCGCGUGCUCGCCGUUGCCGGAAAAGCUGUCGACGCACUGGGAUGGAAUGGCGCGCAGCAGCUCACCCGCACCCACGUCGAAUCCGAGCUCGAAUUCUUGGGUCUGAUCAUCUUCGAAAAUAAACUCAAAGCAGCCACCACGGCGUCCAUCGCUACGAUCAGGGAUGACGCACAGUUGCCCAUCAAGAUGUGCACAGGAGAUUCCGUUCUGACGGCCGUUUCAGUGGCGAAAGAGUGCGGUAUACUCUCCGCUCAAGCUGAAGUUUUCAGUCCGAGGAUUGAAUCGAAGGAGAAAGGCGCGAUUGAGUGGGUCAGCGUCGACGAUGCGUCGCGCAAGUUGGAUGCGUACACGCUCGAUUCGCCUACCGCUCCGCUCAAGGACGUCGAACUUGCAGUUUCGGGAGAGAUUCUUCGCACGCUCCUCGAGACGUGCUCACCCGAGACGAUCUCGCGAGUUCUGGUGCAUUGCAAAGUUUUCGGUCGAUUCUCACCGGAGCAAAAGCAGGAGCUUGUUGAACGGCUGCAAACCCUCGGCUACGUCGUCGCAAUGACCGGUGAUGGCGCGAACGAUUGCGGAGCCCUCAAAUCCGCCGACGUGGGUCUUUCGCUGUCAGAAGCAGAAGCCUCUGUCGCGGCACCGUUCACGUCCAAGAUCAAAGACAUCUCCGCCAUCAUCCACCUGAUUCGAGAAGGUCGUUCCACGCUCACGGUCUCAUUCGCCAUGUUCCUCUUCAUGUCGGUGUAUUCCCUCUCCGAGUACUUUACCGUACUUUUGCUCUAUGGGAAAGCCACGUCGUUGGACAACGCAGAGUAUCUCUUCAUCGACAUCUUCUGCAUUCUUCCCGUUGCCGUAGGAUUGGCCAACUCGAAGCCCGCGAAAAAGCUCUGGAAAGUAGUACCGGAAAUGCGCCUCUCGAGCGCCAAACCCAUCAUCUCGAUGCUCGCUCAAGCAGCGUUCGGCUACAUUGCUCAGACGAUCAUCUACCUCGUGCUGCACAGCAAGUCGUGGUAUCAACCACCCGAAUUCGACCCGGAAGACCUCACACUCAACGACAUGGACAACACGGCUCUCUUCCGCACCUCGGUGUUCACCUACAUCAUCGCAGGGUUUGCGUUCAGUCUAGGUCCACCACACCGACAGCUGCUGUGGUACAACUGGAUUUUGGCGACGGCACUGGUGGUGCUGGCGGUGUUUGCGUUUUACUUUUUGUUCUUGACGGGAGGACCGUUCUUCGGGCUGUUUGGGUUUGUGGACAUGCCAGCGAGCUUCAGUUGGGUGAUCUUUGGGGUGGUGAUGGCGCAGGCGGUGGUGGGGAUGGCGUUUGAAGUUUUCGGCGUGGCAGUGGUGGCGAGGUGGAUUGGUGGAGUGGCGAGUAGGGUGAGCAGGAAGCUGGGGAGGGGAAAGAGGAGGCCGUUUAGACAGGUCGAGAGGUCGAUUUACGGGUGA